AUCGAUGCGAAAUGCCGAUACAACUGGAUAACGACAAGCUGCGACGCGAUGUGCGUCUCUCCAGCUCGCGCCUGGACUUGCCACAGCUCUGCAACGCCAGUCGUCGCUUAGAUGGGCACAAUAACCACGUGAGCGAGUCAACCACAAAUGCUCUUAAUGGCAAUGGCGGCAGCGGCAAUAACAAUCUCGGCUCGCCGGUCUCCUGCUCGACCACAAACAGCAGCAGCGGCAACGAGCGCGGCUCCUCGACCAAAUCAAAUAGCAGCAGUGGCAGCGGCAGCUCCGGCAACUCGGCCAGCAGCACAGGCAGCGCGGAGCUCAAAUGCAACACACCCAUGACCCCAUCAGAGCUGGUCAAAAAGUAUCGCAGCUAUUUGACCGAUCAGGAGUUUGAGGAGCUGAAGAUAUACAAGGAGGUCUGGUACUUUGGCCAACACGCCAGCAAGAACUACAACAAGCCCGCGCCCACAGCCAACACGACAAACUUUGGCUAUGACGACGAGAACGGCAACUACAAAAUCAUCGAUCACGACCAUAUAGCCUUUCGCUAUGAGAUCCUCGAGGUCAUCGGCAAGGGCAGCUUUGGCCAAGUUAUACGCGCGCUGGAUCACAAGACGAACACACACGUGGCCAUCAAGAUCAUCAGGAACAAGAAGCGUUUUCUCAACCAAGCGGUCGUCGAGCUCAACAUACUGGACGAGCUGCGUGAUAAGGAUGCGGAUGGAUCUCAUAAUGUUAUACACAUGCUGGACUACACCUAUUUCCGCCGACAUUUGUGCAUUACGUUCGAGCUAAUGAGUCUCAAUCUCUACGAAUUGAUAAAGAAGAACAAUUACAAUGGUUUCAGCAUGAGUCUCAUACGACGCUUCUGCAAUUCGAUUGUCAAAUGCCUGCGUUUGCUCUACAAAGAGAAUAUCAUACACUGUGAUCUCAAGCCGGAAAAUAUUCUGCUGAAACAGCGCGGCAGCAGCUCCAUCAAAGUGAUUGACUUCGGCAGCUCCUGCUAUGUGGAUCGCAAAAUCUACACCUACAUACAGUCGCGCUUCUAUCGUUCGCCCGAGGUGAUACUUGGACUGCAAUAUGGCACAGCCAUCGACAUGUGGAGCUUGGGCUGCAUACUGGCCGAGCUAUAUACGGGCUUCCCGCUCUUUCCGGGCGAGAACGAGGUGGAGCAGCUGGCCUGCAUUAUGGAGGUGCUGGGUGCACCGCCCAAGGUGCUCAUAUCGGUGGCGCGACGCCGUCGCCUGUUCUUCGACUCGCGCGAUGCGCCACGCUGCAUUACAAACACCAAGGGACGCAAGCGGACUCCGGGCAGCAGGUCGCUCUCUCAGAUCUUGCACUGCCAGGAUCGGUACUUCAUAGACUUUCUGCAGCGCUGUCUGGAGUGGGAUCCGGCGGAGCGCAUGACGCCCGACGAGGCGGCGCAUCACGAGUUCCUGCAGCCAUCCGCCUCGAGUCGUCACCGCAGCUGCCGCAUGUCCACCAGCUCGUCCAGCUCGGGUCUGAACAGCGUCUCACAGAAGUCCUCCUGCUACAACUUUGCAGAGAUCUCGCCCGGCAGCGGCAGCGGCCCAGUGGUCGCCUCCAUCACCAGCACCACCGCAGUCAGCAAUGCGGCCAUCACCACCACCAAGUCGAGCUCCAGCUCGCGCCAGCCACACAACAGUCACAGCCACAGUCACGCCCAGUCGAAUGGCCACCUGCCGGACAUCAAGCUCAGCGCCAGCGACAAGUACAACAGCGUGCAAAAGGUGGCGGUGCGCUCCAAGAUCACGUCCAGCGUCUCGGACCUCGAGUCCGUGCAGCAGUACUCGCUGCAUCGCAUCUACGGCAACGGCAACAGGCAGCGGCGGCAACCCAUCACGUCUCAUCGGCUUGACCACGCAAGGCAUCUCAAUGGAGCACCGGGGCCGUGGGCGUGGGCGUGA